AUGCUCAAGGAAGAGCUCCAGCAGCUUCACGAGCAAGGCAGUUAUGUCGGGGAAGUAAGCAAGGCUAUGGACAAAAAGAAAGUUCUUGUCAAGGUUCAUCCGGAAGGAAAAUAUGUGGUGGAUGUCGAUAAGGGUAUCGAUGUUGCAACAAUCAACGCUGGCUGUCGUGUAGCACUGCGAGCUGAUAGUUAUGCUCUACAUAAAAUUUUACCAAACAAGGUUGACCCUCUCGUAUCUCUCAUGAUGGUUGAAAAAGUGCCGGAUUCAACGUACGAAAUGAUUGGAGGUCUAGACAAACAGAUCAAGGAAAUUAAGGAAGUCAUUGAGCUACCAGUGAAACACCCGGAGCUGUUCGAAGCUCUCGGUAUUGCGCAACCCAAAGGAGUACUUUUGUAUGGACCACCAGGAACUGGAAAGACGUUGUUGGCCAGAGCUGUAGCACAUCAUACCGAAUGCACCUUCAUCCGUGUAUCUGGUUCAGAACUCGUGCAGAAAUUUAUUGGAGAAGGAGCGAGAAUGGUUCGCGAACUGUUCGUGAUGGCGAGGGAACACGCUCCUUCAAUUAUUUUCAUGGACGAAAUUGAUUCCAUCGGAUCUAGUCGUGUAGAGGGAUCGAGG